GCAACCCCGAAACGUACUACAGCUGUAUUAGCUUCCAACCGGUUACUGGUCAAUAACAGUUCAAUUAAGGCUUAUUACCUGUAUUACUUUACCGGCUCUAUCAGUUACCUUUACCUAUCCCGUUUAAAAACCCUCCCUUCUUCUUCUUCCUUUACAAAUAGAUUUAAAUGCCAGAGAAGAACCGACGAAGACCGCCGUCGGAAUUUGGAUUUAAUGGGUCAGGAUAUUGAUCGGGUACGGGGACCAUGGAAUCCUGAGGAGGAUGAAUUGUUGAGGAAGUUGGUGCAGCGGUAUGGUCCAAGGAACUGGACGGCGAUUUCGACGUCGAUUCCCGGUCGAUCGGGGAAAUCGUGUAGGUUGCGGUGGUGUAAUCAGCUUUCGCCGGAAGUAGAGCACCGUGCCUUCACGGCGGAGGAAGAUCGGAUUAUUAGGAAAGCGCAUGCCUUGUGCGGGAACAAGUGGGCGACCAUCGCGAGGUUACUGAACGGGCGUACGGAUAAUGCCGUUAAGAAUCACUGGAACUCGACGUUGAAGCGUAAGUUUAUCGAGGAUUCGGAAUCGGAGAAAAAACCAGCUAAAUCGCCGAGGACGGCGAGUAGUAGUAGUCCGUCGCGUUCUGACGCGAACGAUUUAGGACUCGGUGUCGUUGCCGAUGAGUUGACUCAGUGCUCACGUGUUUCGACUAAGCUUACACUCCGAAGUUCUUGGAACGAAUCGGUCGAUUUGAACAACGAUGAUGAUCACUUGUCGAAAGAAAAUGACUUGAAAUUAACAGCAGAAAAGCACGAGAAUGAUUCGUCGGCGACGGUGGCGGCGGCAAUGCUUCCACCGGAAAUAUUGGCGGCGAUAAAGGAGAUGAUUAAGAAAGAAGUGAGGGAUUACAUGGAAGAGUUUGGAUUUAAAAGUGAAAGCGUGAAGAAUGCCAUUGGAAACAUUGAAUAAAGGGAAAUUUGAAGGUUUAAUUCAAAAUUGGCCCUCAAAGCAUACCACUUUUCUCAUUUAAGUACCUAAUUUUUUGCCUAAAUGAUACUUAAACUAUCAAUUUCAUCUCAUUUCACCCUUGAAAAUGUAACACUUCCAAUAAAAUGUCACAUGUCAUGUUUUUAUUGGUUGAUAUCGAGGUAAAAUGAGAUAGAUUUGAUAGUUUAAGUACAAUUUUUUGACAAAAAAAUGUACCUAAGUGUAAAUAUGGUAUAGUUUAAGGAUCAAUUUUAUAUUUUGAUUAA